ACCCGCCUGGGAUGACAUCACAGUCACAUUAAUGUUACGACAGAUACAUGGCUUAUAAUGAGUUCGUCUCUCUAUAGGCUAACGACACAUAGGCCACGUCUCCUGAGCCUGGACAGUCACCAUAGGGUUGGAACAUGUCAGUCCUUCUUGUACUUGUGAUAGUGAUGUUGUCGCCAAGUGGAACAUUGGCACUACCAGAUCAUGUGCCUGUUGAGAGACAUCCAAACAUAUGCACUAGCAUGGAACCAAAAUCACACCAUCAUCAGCCGACAACGGCCACCGGUCCACCACCGUACAACAUUGAAGUUAGCAGUCCGACGUAUAAAACAGGCGAGUCCAUACAAGUGACUUUGCGAGUGAAUGACAGUAGUGGAGUAUUCUUUAAAGGUUUCUUCUUGCAAGCAAGACGUCAGUGCGAAUUCGUCUUGACCUGUGACCCUGAUUGGACAACUCGACCUGUGGGAUCUUUCAGCGGAGCUCCGAAGGGGGCUGAACCCCUUGCCUGUUCAUCAGAUGCGGAUGCAUUGGGUCAUAACAACAAUCACGCAAUAACCAACAUGACGGUGACAUGGACGCCCGGACCCGAUGAUAAAGAACCUAUUGUUUUCAGGGCCACCAUUGUGCAGGGUCCACCACACAAGUAUUGGUCAGGAGUGCACUCAGAAAUAGUUAACAACAUAGGUUCGUUUACUGCAAGUGUGCAUGUUUCAACUCUUGUGAUAGCUUUGUUGGUGGCCGUCUUCACAUCGAUUUAGACCCUUUCAGUGCCUCAUCAAAAUGUGCUGACGUGGGGCGAUGGUUUUAUUUUUCGACUUUUAUCAAAGUGAAAUCAAACUUUCUAUUUUCAAAGACUGCUGUUUAUAAUUCCAGCAGUCCUGCAUUGUAUUAUGUAAUGAGAUUAAUAAUUUUAUUAGAUUGAUUGUACAAGAUAAAUAUAAGUUUAGUAUAGACCUUUAUCAUCGUUGAUAAACAAAAUGCGCUGGUUGGCAUGUACGGCCGGUUGUUAUACCAAAAACAUUCAAUCGUGUUAACAUAAUGUUCCGACAAAAUUCAAAUUUUGUUUGCAAACUUCCAAUUUAAUAACUAACCACAAAAGACUGCUUACUUUGUUUCCAACAUAUUCAACACUAUUAUGAAUAGUUGUGUGACAUUGUUAGAAACUAUUGCCAUCUGUUGUUGUUUUGCAUUAGUGGCUUUCCAUAGUUUUCCAACCUCGGUUGGCAAACAAUCGGGUUAUGACGUUGCAAUA